AUCAUCACAGAUUUGCAGCCAUUUCUCUCUUUUUGUCUUUUUAGUUUUUGCAUUGUCUUUGUCAAGCCAUUGCAGCCAUGGUCAGCCAAUUUCCAGCCCGUGAACUGCAGCAAGGAGGAAGUCUCAAAUCAAAUAAGCCCCUUUGGCAUCAAUUCGGCAAUAUCCAAAAACAAAUUGCCGAAAUUAUUAAUGAAGAACCUUCAUGCCGCGACAACCAGAUCCACAUUGUCUUCAAUGAUUCCAUCAAUUUGGGUCCAGUUUUGAAGGAGACAGCCACUGCACUCUUACGCCUCCACUACCCUCAGCCGAGCAAGCAUCUAUUACCUUUUCAAGUCAAGCCAGAUUGGAGUGAGUGGUCAACACGCAUCGUUGCAUGGCCAAUAGUAACUGAAGGUGAAUGGCCGGCAUGGGUAAAAAGGUUGGAACCUCACUUUACAGACAUAUGGAAAGCAACUGGAAUUUUUGAAUUUAUUCAUAUGACCACAACUCAAGUGCCGGUAAACAAAGCCAUUUUAACAGCAGCUAUGUGUUCUUGGUCAUGCUCCUAUAAUUGCUUUCAUUUCCCUUGUGGUGCUAUGUCCAUCUCUCUAUUUGAUAUUUGUUCUCUAACCGGUCUUCCCUGCAUUGGAGAAGAGGUUUCUGCCCUGCUGCCAGCUGUUCCUGUUGAAGAAUAUGACCCCGGUGACACCAGAACAACUUUCUUGAGUUUCCAAAGGAACUCAAUUCUCGCCACCAAGAGUAAGAAUCCGGACCAAAGAGAACAUAUUUCCUUUCUAUUAUGUUUGAUCUGCAAGUUUAUGGUCUGCCUUACUGGGAGGUGUGUUGCCAAAGAGUUCAUUCCUCUUGCUGUCGGUUUGGAACAUGGUAAAAAAUUUGCUCUUGCUCAAUUUAUGCUCGGCUAUAUAUACCGUGGAUGCUAUGAUGUCACCAUCUUUCCAUUCGGGAAAUUCAGUGGUGCUCUUUGGGUCCUACAAUUGUGGCUUUAUUCUUAUUUCCCAACUGUCGCCCCUGAAUUUGAGAAAGUUGAUGAGGAAGAUUUGCUAACUUAUGGCAUGUGCGUCCAAGAUGCAAAGAAGCUGCCGCAAAAAUACAUUAGUGUAACAUGCAUGCAUCAUAACUUGUCCGAGAUAUCAGACACAGAUAGGCCUAUUUCAAACUCAGCUUUCUCAUUAGGUGUUGACAACUAAGAAUAAACACAAAAAAUUAGA